AUGGCGCCCGCGAUCGUGCAGAACAUCUCCUCGCGCCUGCAUCGCAUGAGCACCGGCGGCGGCGAUAAGGAUUACAACCCACAACGCGAAGACGAGAAGGCCAAGCUCGCAGAGUGGGAGGCGGAGAAGAGAACACUUGAGCCCAGCGAAGUCGCCCAAAACCCUGGCCAGAAACCUGUCGGCCACUCCUCGAAAUAUCUACGCAAAGAAGACUUCGAUCUGGUCAAGACGCUGGGUACUGGCACAUUCGCGCGAGUCUGGCUGGUGAAGAUCGCGAACCGGAAAAAGGAAGACAACAACAAGGUCUUUGCGCUGAAGAUAUUACGGAAGGUCGACGUGAUACGGUUGAAGCAGGUCGAGCAUGUGCGCAAUGAGCGAAACGUGCUGGCGGCUGUCGCAGGACACCCGUUCAUUACGACGAUGGUUGCGAGCUUCCAGGAUAACGACACCCUGUACAUGCUUCUCGACUACUGCCCUGGUGGCGAGGUCUUCUCUUACCUACGACGAGCGCGACGAUUCAACGAAGCUACAUCACAGUUUUACGCGGCGGAGAUAGUGUUAAUACUGGAGUUCCUACACGACAGGCAAGGAGUGGCCUACCGAGACAUGAAACCUGAGAAUAUCCUUAUUGACGCUCAGGGGCAUCUCAAACUUGUCGACUUUGGCUUUGCGAAGAAGGUGGAUAACAGAGAGACAUACACUCUCUGCGGCACUCCCGAAUACCUCGCGCCCGAAGUCAUUCGCAACACCGGCCACGGCACCGCAGUAGACUGGUGGGCCUUCGGCAUCCUCAUAUACGAAUUCCUGGUCGGCCAGCCGCCCUUUUGGGACCAGAACCCAAUGAAGAUCUACGAACAGAUUGUCGAAGGCAAAGUACGAUACCCUUCAGCUAUGUCUGAAGACGCUCGCGACAUCAUCGGCGGGCUUUGCACAGUAGACGUCAGCAAGCGGCUAGGAAAUGUGAAGGGCGGAUCGGCGACGGUGAAGGCGCAUCCGUGGUUCAAGAACAUUGACUGGGAUGCUGUGUAUCACCGGAAGAUGCAAGGGCCGAUCGUGCCGCAUCUUAAGAGCGCGGACGACACGAGGAAUUUUGAUGAGUAUGAUGCUGAGCCGGUGCAUCGCGACCCUUAUACGAAGGAACUUCAAGAGAAGUAUGACAAGAGCUUCGCGGACUUCUAG